AUGCUGGCGAUUUGCGCCAGCGACGAUGUCGAGUGGAAUUUAAGGUUGCCGGCUGACCUCGUUCUCUUCCGUACAGGGGCUCGGUCUGCAGCACGAUUGUCUCUCACGGUCGCCGACCAGCCACGGUGCAGGGUCGCAGCGCAGCGCUCGUUCUGGAGCGGAGGAGAAGAAGGAGGCCUGGGAGCGUCCUCGCGCUGCCCCACGCUCUGCCUGCCGCCAGCUUUGCGUGCCUCGAGCUUGUGCUGCCCGCCAGUUCCCGGGACGCCCGCGCUCGGCGUGGGCCCGAUUUUCGCCACAGCCGCGAGACGCGUGGGGGCCGAGCCCUGCCCGGGCCCCCUAUAG